ACCAAUCUCCAUAGUUUCUUCUUCUCCUGUUUCACUGUUUGUCCAAAACCCAACCCCAUAUCUUUACAACCUCUCUCUAGAUAAAUGUUUACAUACAUAUCCAACCAUAUCAACUCUUUUAAUCUCUUCAGUAACCCAUAUGUGCCUUUUUUUAAUUCAAAUCUCCUCUACCCAAUUUAUCAAAUCCACCUCACAAAAGAAAUGAACCAAAUCAUAAACACAAUACAAUAAAGGAAGAACCUUUAUUUGUUUACUUGGUCAGCAUUUCAAUGCCUGCUCUUCUGCAACUUCCAAAAGGGUACAAAAAGUUAAAAAGAAAUAAAAGUUUUUAUUUUUUUUUUUCUCAAUUCUUUCUUUCUCUUUUCCAUCUUGAAUCACUACUAAUCCUAGUUUUUUUCUCUGGUGCUUGUCUGGUUGUCUCAUAGACAGACUUCUCUCACAAAAAGAAAAGAAAUAAAAAGGAAAAUCCAAAUUUUUAAUUUUUUUUUGUUCAAUUUCGAUUUUUGUUGUUAAUGGGCACCCAAGAUCAAUCAAUUAUGUGGUGGCUUCUUUGGGGUUUCUUUAAGUCUUUUGGUCAGAGUGAUGGUUUCAUAUACAAAGGAAUAAGACUACCACCACCAUUAAACCUAAUCCCUUUGCCCUUUCUCUCUUCCUUCUUCUCAUCUCUCUCUCUCUUUUAUCUUUCUUCUUCUCUUUCUCGCUUGCUUGGUGUCUUUUCCAAUAUGUGAUUCCCAGAUUUCACUGAACAGAUCCGAUGAACUCCUCUGCUGGCAAUGCCCGACUAACCCUUAUGGAGGUUUUGGAGUUGGAAAAGGACUUGGAAGUCAAAAGAAGGAAACUGGAGAUGGUGAAACAAAAACGAUCGUCUCUCAAGGCAGAAGUUAGGUUCUUGAGACGUAGAUACCAACACUUGAAGCAAGACCAAACUCUUGUAACAUCUCCAAAGUUAUUGAGAUUGUCAGAAUCUGGUGGUGAGAGAAAGAAGCACUCUAGUCUGAGAGCAUCUGUCCCUUGUUUUGAUUUGAAACAGAAGGAUACAAUUUGCAAUGAGAAUGAAGCAUUGGCUAAGAAUGCAAGUCGUGACUUGGAAAAGAAGCUAAAAAGGAGCAGAGGAAAGGAUACUUUGACUUCACUUCCUGACCUUAACGGAGAGGGAAACACUUCUGUCACCAACAAAGUCCCGGGCUUUGACCUUAACCAGAUCUCGAGAGAAGAAGAUGAGCGGGAAGUGAAUGGUGAGAAUAUGGUCGCGGAAGCAAUGAAGAAUGCAAUGCUUGAUAACAGAGUCAGUGAUCUACAUGACAACAAGAGAAAGUUACCGAUUUGCGGAGAUGUGGAGAAAGAGUUACAUAGAGCAGUGAAGAGGAAGGUUACAUGGCAAGAUCCAGUGGCUUUAACUUUAAGUGUUUAAGGUUCUUAAUAUGUAAAGUAGGAUUUGAUAUAAUAAUAUAGGAUUUGAUAUAUUGAUAUAACUCAAUGUGCACAUAUGCUUUACAAGUAUAUAUAGAUUAUUAUAAGGUUUGGUUUGAUC